UUUUGUGAAAGUGAGGCUAAAAAUACAAGUUUGCAGUUAAAGCUUGAUCAAACACUGCAACAAAACAUGGAAACAGGAAAAGAGAAGGAGCAACAGGAAGCUGAACAGAGAGAGAUGGACAGCAAGCUCAGAGACAUGGAGAAGAGACAUGAGGAGCAGAAAUCCAAGUUGCAACAACUGGAGGCUGUAACUAAAGACACACAACUCCAGCUUCUAGAAAGUCAGAAGGAAAAGGAACGCAUGCAAGUAAAACUGGAUGAAGCAGUGCAAAGAAAUGCAGAACUGCUACAGGAGAGGGAACGACAGGAUGAACUGGGCAGAGAGAUGCAACGUGCUCUUCAAGCCUCUGAGGAGAAAAAUACUGAACUCCAAGUAUUUUAUGAUGAACUCCAAGAGAAACAUGUUGCAGUGGAGGCAGAGAAGGUAAACCUGGAGAAUGUCUGCAAUGAAAUGAUGCCUAGGAUACUGAAAAUGAUGGAAACAAACACACAACUGCACACACUCUGCGAAGCAGUACAGAGCACAAACGAUCAACUGCAGGAGGGGAUACAAAAACACGAGAAAAUGCAUGAAGACCUGCUUUGUGCUCUUCAAGAAAUGCAGAGGGAAAAUGAGCAGUUACGAGACGUGCACGAUGAAACAAUGAAGGCACAGAAAAAGGAAUAUGAAGAUCUGAAGGAAAAGCAUGCAGAAAGUGAGAAAAAGGUGGAAACUCUUGAAAACACAAUAAAGAAACUUGAAGAAACGACAAAAGAAUACGUUGCUGCCAUCAAAGAGCUCCUCUGCCAAAACACAGAGUUACAGAACCUCUACCUGAAAAAGAAGAGAAAGCCUUGCUGGUUUUUCCGCACGUUCUGCUGCUGCUUCUCCUCCUCACAACAGAACCUCAAUGACUUGAGGGAAAGAUAUAACAUGGAGGUAUACAAGCUCCAGAAUCUGGAAGCCAAACACAAUCAGACACUAUACCAACUCCAGCAAAAGGACACAGUAACUGAGCAGAUAGAGUGCCAGCUUCAAGACGUGAUGGUCAGAUAUGAAGUGACAAAAGACAAACUCAGAAACAUGGAGGCACUACAGAAAGAGACACAGCACAAGCUGGACGAGAAGACCAGAGAGCUGGAGGCCCAAAACACACAACUCCAGCUUCUAGAAAGUCAGAAGGAAAAGGAACGCAUGCAAGUAAAACUGGAUGAAGCAGUGCAAAGAAAUGCAGAACUGCUACAGGAGAGGGAACGACAGGAUGAACUGGGCAGAGAGAUGCAACGUGCUCUUCAAGCCUCUGAGGAGAAAAAUACUGAACUCCAAGUAUUUUAUGAUGAACUCCAAGAGAAACAUGUUGCAAUGGAGGCAGAGAAGGUAAACCUGGAGAAUGUCUGCAAUGAAAUGAUGCCUAGGAUACUGAAAAUGAUGGAAACAAACACACAACUGCACACACUCUGCGAAGCAGUACAGAGCACAAACGAUCAACUGCAGGAGGGGAUACAAAAACACGAGAAAAUGCAUGAAGACCUGCUUUGUGCUCUUCAAGAAAUGCAGAGGGAAAAUGAGCAGUUACGAGACGUGCACGAUGAAACAAUGAAGGCACAGAAAAAGGAAUAUGAAGAUCUGAAGGAAAAGCAUGCAGAAAGUGAGAAAAAGGUGGAAACUCUUGAAAACACAAUAAAGAAACUUGAAGAAACGACAAAAGAAUACGUUGCUGCCAUCAAAGAGCUCCUCUGCCAAAACACAGAGUUACAGAACCUCUACCUGAAAAAGAAGAGAAAGCCUUGCUGGUUUUUCCGCACGUUCUGCUGCUGCUUCUCCUCCUCACACCAAAAACAGAGUGAUUUCGCUGAACCACUUCACUGCAGUGGUCAGCUAAAUGUCCCAGAAGACACUGAAUCCCUGAAAAGGGCAUUUGAGCUCCUCCAGAAAGAAAAUCAACAGCUGCACAUUAAGAUCAAACAGCUGCAGGAUGAGAAGGACAGAGACAUGGAGGCCCAAAAUAAGGGCUCUGGAGACAAUCUCAGAGAGGACCGACCAGGUCAAGAUCAGCAAUACAAGGGUAACAUGCAGAUCAUAAAUAAAAAUUGGAAAAUAAGGUUUCAUAGAUCGCAAAAUGAAGUAACAAACUUGCUGCUAGAGCGAAAACAGAGCACAGCUAAACUCCAGCAAAUGCAGUGUACUCUGUUUUCCCAGCAACAGAACCUCAAUGACUUGAGGGAAAGAUAUAACAUGGAGGUAUACAAGCUCCAGAAUCUGGAAGCCAAACACAAUCAGACACUAUACCAACUCCAGCAAAAGGACACAGUAACUGAGCAGAUAGAGUGCCAGCUUCAAGACGUGAUGGUCAGAUAUGAAGUGACAAAAGACAAACUCAGAAACAUGGAGGCACUACAGAAAGAGACACAGCACAAGCUGGACGAGAAGACCAGAGAGCUGGAGGCCCAAAGUAAACGCUUGGGAGAAAUUUCCAAGCAGGACCAGGACCAAGAUAAGCGAUACAAGGCCAAGUUGCAGGGCAUAAAUGAAGGCUGGGAUGCACUGCUUAAGAAAUCGCAGCAGGAAAUUAUACGCUUGUUGGAUGAGAGGAAAGAGAAGAGCCAAAAUGAGAGAGAAAUGAGAAGUGAAAUGACCUGCAUGAACCAGGAGAUAGGAGAGUUGCGAUACAAGCUUGCAGACUUGGAAGCAAUACACAAAGAGACAAAAUACCAACACGAAAAACUGGAAAGAAAAUACAAGGAGACACUAUACAAAUACCCAAACCUGGAAACCAAACAUAAGACACUACAGCAGCUCCAACAACUGGAAGAAAUCGCUGAAAAGACACAACGCCACUUUUGUGAAAGUGAGGCUAAAAAUACAAGUUUGCAGUUAAAGCUUGAUCAAACACUGCAACAAAACAUGGAAACAGGAAAAGAGAAGGAGCAACAGGAAGCUGAACAGAGAGAGAUGGACAGCAAGCUCAGAGACAUGGAGAAGAGACAUGAGGAGCAGAAAUCCAAGUUGCAACAACUGGAGGCUGUAACUAAAGACACACAACUCCAGCUUCUAGAAAGUCAGAAGGAAAAGGAACGCAUGCAAGUAAAACUGGAUGAAGCAGUGCAAAGAAAUGCAGAACUGCUACAGGAGAGGGAACGACAGGAUGAACUGGGCAGAGAGAUGCAACGUGCUCUUCAAGCCUCUGAGGAGAAAAAUACUGAACUCCAAGUAUUUUAUGAUGAACUCCAAGAGAAACAUGUUGCAGUGGAGGCAGAGAAGGUAAACCUGGAGAAUGUCUGCAAUGAAAUGAUGCCUAGGAUACUGAAAAUGAUGGAAACAAACACACAACUGCACACACUCUGCGAAGCAGUACAGAGCACAAACGAUCAACUGCAGGAGGGGAUACAACAACACGAGAAAAUGCAUGAAGACCUGCUUUGUGCUCUUCAAGAAAUGCAGAGGGAAAAUGAGCAGUUACGAGACGUGCACGAUGAAACAAUGAAGGCACAGAAAAAGGAAUAUGAAGAUCUGAAGGAAAAGCAUGCAGAAAGUGAGAAAAAGGUGGAAACUCUUGAAAACACAAUAAAGAAACUUGAAGAAACGACAAAAGAAUACGUUGCUGCCAUCAAAGAGCUCCUCUGCCAAAACACAGAGUUACAGAACCUCUACCUGAAAAAGAAGAGAAAGCCUUGCUGGUUUUUCCGCACGUUCUGCUGCUGCUUCUCCUCCUCAGCUGAAGAAUAAUAGCCUGCUCUUCCUCCACCCUCCAUCCAUCUCCUUCCUUUUCACCUCUCCCCUCUCCUCAUUCCUUUGGAUUGGCCACAGCAUUCACCAGCACCAUGUCCUAACAACUAAAUAUGUCCUUGAACUUAUCAGUGGUCGG